UAGUUACCUCAAGGAAAUGUGGCCCUCCCCAGAAAAAAAGAGUUCAGCGUCACUGAAUUAAAACAAUCCAGAAAAGUUGCUUACCAUGUGCCUAAAUCAGUGCUUCCCAAACUUGCGCUUCUCCAGCUGUUUUUGAACUACAACUUCCAUCAUCCCUAGCUAGCAGGGAUUAUGGGAAUUGUAGUUUUUAAAAAACAGCUGGAGACCCAAGUUUGGGAAACCCUGGGUACUAAAUGUUCCAGAAAAGAGGAGGCCAAAUGGACCUUCUAGGAGAGAAGGUUCUGGUAAGGAUUACAAAAAAGCUAGCCGAUGCAAGGGGUUGUGGAUGUCCCAGCAUAUUCAGCGGGAGAGAUUUGGGAACCCUGCUUCCUGCUUCCAAGCCCUAGUCCUGUGAGCUAGCCAGGGGCACCUCACCUGGACGCUGUCAUAAUGGCCACUUCAGCCCAGCUCAGGGGGCAGGGGGAAUCCAUCUGCCUCAGCUGGCAGCUGCAGUUUGCUUUCAUUCUUCUCAUGGCACCUAAUGCUGGUGGUCCCAGAAUGUUCAGCACGGCAGACAAGAGCAGCACUUUGAAAUGCACUUUCUCCGCCCCGGGCCACAGCGCGACACUCCUGCACGGCUUGGCCUCCCUCCGGGCUCAGGCCCAGCUGCUGGAUGUCAUCCUCACCAUCAACAACGAGGUGUUCCAGGUCCACAAAGUUGUCCUGGCUGCCUGCAGUGACUACUUCAGGGCCAUGUUCACUGGCGGAAUGCGGGAAGCCAACCAGGAUGUGAUUGAGCUGAAAGGCGUCUCUGCGAAGGGCUUGAAGCACAUCAUCGAGUUCGCCUACAGCGCCGAAGUGACGCUGGACCUGGACUGCAUCCAGGAUGUCCUCGGGGCGGCCGUCUUCCUGCAGAUGGUGCCAGUGGUGGAGCUGUGCGAGGAGUUCCUCAAGUCUGCCAUGAGCGUCGAGACCUGCCUCAACAUCGGGCAGAUGGCCACCACCUUCAGCCUUGCUUCCUUGAAGGAGUCGGUGGACGCCUUCACCUUCCGCCACUUCCUCCAGAUUUCCGAGGAGGAGGACUUCCUCCACCUUCCCCUUGAGCGCCUUGUCUUCUUCCUCCAGAGCAACAAGCUCAAGAGCUGUAGCGAGAUCGACCUCUUCCGGGCCGCCAUCCGCUGGCUGCAGUACGACCCAGCGCGCCGCGGCAACGCCAGCCAGGUCCUCUGCCACAUCCGCUUCCCGCUUAUGAAGUCCUCCGAGCUGGUGGACCACGUCCAGACCUUGGACAUCAUGGUGGAAGACGUCCUGUGCCGGCAGUACCUCCUGGAGGCUUUCAACUACCAGAUCCUGCCCUUCCGGCAGCACGAGAUGCAGUCUCCCCGCACCGCCAUCCGCUCGGACGUGCUCUCCCUCAUCACCUUUGGUGGCACGCCCUACACGGACAACGACCGCACCGUGAGCAGCAAGGUCUACUACCUGCCGGACGGCAGCGCCCGGCAGUUUAAGGAGCUGACGGAAAUGGAAGUGGGCAGCAGCCACACCUGCGUGGCGCUGCUGGACAACUUUGUCUACGUGGUUGGUGGACAGCACCUGCAGUACCGCAGUGGUGAGGGGGCGGUCGACGCCUGCUACCGCUACGACCCGCACCUGAACCAGUGGCUGCGCAUCCAGGCCAUGCAGGAGAGCCGGAUCCAGUUCCAGCUGAAUGUCCUGCACGGCAUGGUCUACGCCACGGGGGGCAGGAACCGCUCCGGCAGCUUGGCCUCGGUGGAGAGGUACUGCCCGCGGACCAACGAGUGGAGCUACGUGUGCUCGCUCAAGCGCAGGACGUGGGGGCACGCUGGGGCCGCGGUGGGGGGCAGGCUGUACAUAUCGGGCGGCUACGGGAUCUCGGUCGAGGACAAGAAGGCCCUGCACUGCUACGACCCCGCCAUGGACCAGUGGGAGUUCAAGGCCCCCAUGAACGAGCCACGAGUCCUGCAUGCGAUGGUCAGCGCCAACAGCAGGAUCUACUCGCUCGGGGGCCGCAUGGACCACGUCGACCGCUGCUUUGAUGUCCUGGCGGUGGAGUACUACGUCCCCGAAGCCAACCAGUGGACGACGGUUAGCCCCAUGCGGGCGGGGCAGUCCGAGGCGGGCUGCUGCCUGCUGGAGAAAAAGAUCUACAUUGUCGGGGGGUACAACUGGCACCUGAACAACGUGACCAGCAUCAUACAGGUGUACAACACAGAGACGGAUGAGUGGGAGAGGGACUUGCACUUCCCAGAGUCUUUCGCUGGCAUUGCCUGCGUGCCGGUCAUCCUGCCACAGACCACAGCUCGGAGGUGACCACCCUGAGACUUCAGCCCAGUCUCCCGAGGCAUCGCAUGCCAUCAAAGAUAUACAUUCUGGCCUGCCCCGUUUUGGAAAAUAAAAUGUUUUGUGUCCAUGGCAGGCGAGCAAGGUCUUCCACCUUACCCUCUUGUCCUCCAUAA